UUUUUUUUUCCCCUCAGCCGAAUACUUAUUUACUAGCACGUCUCAAGGUUUCUUUUUAACUCCGACAUUUCUGCGGAAACCCCAAGAAUAACACCGCCGUAGGCUCUAUAGCCCACUUUUUUUUCUCGGACAUUGGCACAUGUAGUCUAGAUGCUCAAGUCCAUCAUAUCAACGCCAACUCAUAGUUUUCCCACUCAUUCUCAUCUUCAACUCCAGGCUUAACAUCUCUAUGCAGCUCAUCUCAUAUCUACCAGUCGCCUCACCAGUAAAUUGAACCAUCCAAUUCCAUGUCGCGCACUCCAAAAGCGCCUCGCUGCGUUGGCAGCCCGUCCUUCGCUCCAGAUGAAGUCAUCGAGGAUGCCCCCAGGCUCCAGCAAGCCCGCGAGCUGUUGGCAGCAAACGACCUAUACAACGCCAGCCGCGUCCUGCUUAGUCUUCCCGAGAGGGACACCUUUACGUAUCAUGCCAUGACAAGUGUCAAGCUGGCCGAGGUGCAGCACGUUGUCGGACUGGGCGGCGUUAAUAAUCUACACGCUUGGUAUCGUGACGAGGAUGGCACAGCUAGAGAGCCGCCGCCGCUACCAGAUAUCGAGGCGUACAUCUCCAUCUUCAGCCCCUCAACGGCCACGGCGUCUGCUCUCAAGAACUUUGAGACCAACGCAAAGAAGACGUCGAUCCGGUCCGAGGCCGCGCGGCACUUGGCAGAGAAGCGCUACGUACACCCGGCAUUGGCCUCACAGCUAACCAUUCCCAAGUCCAAGCAGCCGCCCAGCCAGAACCCGUACUUUGACUUUUGGGCCUGGUCGUGCCGCAAUCUAGAGUGGUGCGGGCCGUGCGCUUCGUCUGAGCGGGUGGCAACGAGCCACCAUGUGCUCCCUAUUUUCAUGCAUCACUUUGGCUGUGCAACACCGUCACACGAGAGCCUUGCAGUGUUGAGACUGCUGGCGGAUGGCCGAGCGGUUGCGGAUAUGGGCUCGGGUAAUGGGUACUGGACGUUUCUGCUUCGGCGGUACGGCCUGACGGUCUAUCCAGUGGAUAACAUGCAGAGCGAGUGGAGGGUCAAUUGGGUUGAUGAUACCGUCAUCAUGGAUGGCGUCCAGUGGCUACGAAAGAACGACAGCGGCAAAGAUUUGGUCCUGCUGCUCGUCUACCCCGUUGUCGGAGGAGGCAUCGGGGGAGGCACCGAAGGUAGCUUCACCAGGGGUCUUGUCAAUGCCUUCCAAGGAGACACAAUUGCGGUUGUUGGAACACAGAAUGCAAAUGGAUACACGGGCUUUAAGAGCAUGACAAUGGACGUGUUUAUGGAGCAAGAGCACCCAGAGUGGACCAAGGUGGUACAGAUUCCCCUGCCAAGCUUUGCGGGCAAGGAUGAAGCAUUGUACGUCUUUCUGAGAGGCGGAAGAGCGCCCAACGAAUCAAGUUGAAGCGGGAGUGGGAGUUGAGAGGACGAAUCAAGUCGGGGUUGAAGUGGAAGUGGAAGUGAAUGUGGAAAUGAAUAUGACGUGUCUCGAGACGCAAGGGGAAGGACGUACAUAUGAUGCCCAUACUUUGUGGAUAUAGAGCCCAGUAUGGAAGUGAGAUGAGUGAAAUAGAAAUCAAAGUGUUAAAUUAAGCACAUAAUUGAUGUUGGU